AUAGUGAUAACGAUAGCAACCAUUUGCUUCGUGGCUUAGUCAUAUGUACUUUAUACACAUUUUCUCUCCUCGUCUGUCGAUGUCUAGUAUACGAGCAGUUUAGAGAACGUCGCAUACAGCUCCACUGCACAAGCAACAGCGUUUCCAUUCCUUGAAGUAUUGUUAAAAGGGUCCCCGGUCGUGUUUGUCGUUCAAAUCGUCUUCCCUACUUAGUACGGUAGUUUCCCACAUUGUGAAAUAUUUGCCGGUGUGAUAUCUUUACUGUCAUAUAAAAAACAGUAAAUAGGUGUGGCAAUAUAAAACUCGUUUGUUUAUUUCCGCAGUGUGAAGUUCUUGUAUAGAAGGUUUCUGGAAAGGAAUACCAAGAUUGCGUUCAUCAAUUAAACUGAAAUGGCAGAUCGACUUGAUGUGAUAAUUUUCGGCGCCAGCGGUUUCACUGGGAAAUAUUGUGUUUUGGAAGGUGUUAAGAUUCUGGAAAAUCUAAAAUGGGGAAUUGCCGGAAGAAAUAAGGAAAAACUUGAGAAAAUUAUUAAAGAAACAGAGGAAAAAACUAAAGCCGAUCUUUCAAAAAUUCCUAUCAUAAUUGCUGACAUUAACGAUGAAAAGUCCCUUGUUGCGAUGGCCGAACAAUGCAAAAUCAUAGUUAACUGCUGCGGACCAUAUCGAUUUUAUGGUGAGCCUGUAGUUAAAGCUUGCAUCAAUGCUGGAACCCAUCAUGUUGACGUUAGCGGUGAGCCACAAUACAUGGAACGCAUGCAAUUGGAAUAUAAUGAUCUGGCCAGAGAAAAAGGGGUGUACAUUGUUUCGGCUUGUGGUUUCGACAGCAUCCCAGCUGAUAUGGGCACUAUUUUCCUUGAGGAACACUUUGACGGAGUUGUGAAUUCGGUAGAGACUUACUUAGAGACAUGGGUUUCAGGGGGCAAUCCUGGUGGUGCCGGAAUUCAUUAUGGAACAUGGGAAUCGGCUGUGUAUGGUUUAGCCCAUGCUAAUGAAUUGCGUGGGAUCCGUUCAAAGUUGUUCAAAGAAAAGUUACCACCUAUGGAACCUAAACUAAAAAAUAGGAGUGCAAUUCACAGAUCGCCCUUGGUCAAUAAUGCCUAUUGCUUACCAUUCCCUGGCUCCGACAGAUCAGUUGUCAUGCGAUCUCAGCGAGUCCUCUACGAAUUGGAUAAAAAGCGGCCAGUUCAAAUGAAAGCUUAUGUAGCCUUUAGAUCAAUUGUAGAAGUCAUCGGCGUUAUGCUAGUUGGGUUAGUCUUCGGAAUACUCUCUCGAUUCUCUUUUGGUCGACAUUUGCUUUUAUCUUAUCCUGGACUUUUCUCAUUGGGCUUCAUCUCACACGAAGGACCUUCUGAAGAGAAAAUGAAAAAAACCAAAUUUUCAAUUACACUCUACGCAGAGGGUUGGUCAAAGGAAGAUAAAUUGGCUGAACCAACUGACAAAUACACCAUUCCUACGAAUAAAAAAAUGAUUGCUAAAGUUUCAGGAACUAAUCCAGGUUACGGCGGUACUUGCGUUGGUGUUUUGGUAGCAGCACUGACUAUUUUAAAAGAACACAAUAAAAUGCCCAGCACUGGUGGAGUUCUGCCGACUGGUGCCGCAUUUGCUAAGACGAACAUGAUUUCCGAAUUGGAGAAACAUGAAAAUGGAUUCCACUUUGAGAUUGUCCAAGCAAAGGAACAAGUCAGCACUGAGUAAGUAAUCGCAGAAAGUGAGAAUAAACAUGAAGAAUACAUUGCGACUUCUUGGAAGUGGAAAUUUCUCGUGGACGGAGACUAAAUCGUCAACCUUAACAUACAUAGCAUUUCACUUCAUAAUUUAUUUACAUACAGAAAGAAAUUGAUGACAGAGCGUCAUUUGUUUUUCUAAUUUAAAUUUUGUCACUUAUAGAGCUUCUAAUAAAACCACAGCAUGUUAUUAAGUGCAAUUAAUAUUGAUUAUUACUGUUCCUAUAUAAUAAAUGGGUCUAUUUUGGAUAAAAAA